CUCUAAUUUUAUAUAUAUAUAUGGAGACAACACUGUCCGUACCAAAAUGAGUAAUCAAGAAAUAUUCAUCAGUACCACUACUACAUCACAGCCCCCUAAUUGCGACUCAUAUGUCGUCGUACCCGAAAACUUCGAUGACUUUUCCAAUAUUCUCAGCUUACUGUCUGAUGAUGGUGAGCUCCAACCCGUCCCGAUGUCGUCCAGCAUGCCGCUGGUCCAAACGGGAGAACCAUCAUUUGGUCGUAAAAAGACGACUCAUGCGUUUGAUGAAUCUAGUCCUGAUCAUCCGAGGAUUCAAGAAGGGACGUCUGAUGAUCAGGGAACAGGAGUAGCAAGGAGGAGGCAAUUACGUAGAAGAACCCAUUCAAAACUACAUGCAUCUUCUGAGAGGAAGCGCAGGGAUCGGCUGCGGGAAAAAUUAACAGCUCUCAGAGAGUUGUUGCCAAACACUACCUCUAAGAUAGAUCAAGUUACUCUUCUGGACGUGGCUGCUUCGUAUAUCCAAUCUCUACAAUCUCAGCUGUUAUUGUUAUCGAUGGGGGGAAUGCUCCUGCCGAGAGCAAGCAUACCCGGUUUUGGGGGGCAGGGGAUCGGCUUGAAUCCUGGAAUGGGCUUCCACGUCCCAUGUAUUCCCUUUCAGUUCCAUCACAUGGCUGCACCGGUUGCACCCUGUGUUUUUCCUUCGGUGCUGAUUCCCAAGCUGGAUUCCACCUUGAUCAGUAAUCCAGUGCCGAUUCCCAAGCUGGAUUCCACCUUCAUCAGUAAUCCAGUGCCAGGAGAGUAUACGGCCCACCUAACCGCUCCAUCAAGUUUCUUGAAUCCCCAUCCAGGGAUAACUCAGCACGAGGUUUGGCAGCCGAGAACAAAUGAGAUGCUUCUUAGAUCAAUGUGGGGAUCCAUGACUAGUACCGGUGGUGGUCCUGGACUAGGAAGGCAAGGCACACCUUUCACCAAUGGAGUCUACAGGUUUCCAGCCUGGCUGUCUAAUCUCAGCUCAAUGACACCAUCAGAAACGAAUUUACCUCCCACAUUGUGAUGAAGAGUUCGAUCUGUUAUUCAGUUGCCAAUCCUGCUUCGGUAAUAGCAUCUGAGUGCCAAGCCUUUCCACUUCCAGUCACCCCAUUCCAGGAGAAUCAAGCUUUCAAUUUGUAUCAAGAAUUGCUAAUAAUCCUCAUUACAUGCCUCACAUAGCCCAGAUUUUUCUUUUUGUUUUUGCAGUUUCAAGCAUUCUUUAUCUCCAUGGGAAAAAACUAGUACCAUAUUUUCUUUAUCCUGCAAAAGAUCUAACAUUCUUGAUUCAAAGAAGGUUAAGAACCAAGAAACGAGGUCUACUCUGCCAGUGUAGUUUCAAAAUUCUAUUUCAGAACACGAGAAAUAAGAUUCAGAAUCUUCCUCAGAAAUUCAAGAAUGGUGAUCUCUCUCAUAAUUCUUCACUUUCUUUUGCAUCUUUACAGAGACCUGUUUUGCCAGAUCCAUUUGCAAUGAUGCCGAUCUCUUCAUGCAUUACCUAUCUCUUUCAAGCAGCAGCACACUGGAGAUGGAUUCCAGAUUGAUGUCU